AGCAAAUUGGCCGGAUGCAGAAUUAAGAGCGCACUGCACUGCCCUUGGUGGUCGUGUACCUAGUUCAGGCAAAUGCGGCUGUGAUUUUACGUCCUCAGUGGAGUAAACAGCCAUACCAAAGGACACGGAAGAGACUUGAAAGAGCACAUCUAUCCUAAUGCUGCCGGCACAUUUCCCGUCCUUGUGCACGACUCGUCACCAGCAAAUCUUCACUCCCUUCCAUAUGAGCAAAUGAGAAACUCUCUUAGUGGUACUGCAAAAGCAGAGCAAUCUGACAUGGCUCCCGCAGGCCUUUACAUGCUGACUCGCAAGCCUCUCUUGCUCGUCAGCAGCUUCUUCAUUUUCACUAGCAGCUGGUAUCCGGUGACGUCAGGGGCUGAGAGCAAUGGGCUCCAUCAAAUUGAUUCUUUAGAAGCGUCUCCGCGCCACAUUCUGCAAGACAACUCCACGAUCCAGUGCUACAAAUCCCAGGUUCAGUGCCCCAGCGGUAUAGCAGAGUGCUUCGAUCCUUACCACAAUGCCUGCGAUGGAGUCAAUGAUUGCUCAGACGGCAGCGACGAGUCUCCCACCUUCUGCGCCCACUAUACUUGCCCAAUGUACAAAGCGAAAUGUCCUAGCAGUCUCUGCACGACCACUUACCCGUAUGGACGUCAUCGUAUCAGUCCACCGUAUCUCUGCGACGGAGUCAAGGACUGCCCCGACAACAGCGACGAAGACCCUUCCUUCUGCGCAAGCUACGACUGCGCGAGCAUGCGCGCUUUGACGUGCCCCGGAGUGAAGCAGUGCAUCCCCGCACAGAGUGGGCCCAACCCACUCGAAUCAUUCAGCGGCGCACUCAUUCCGCCCGGUUUCCCGACCUCCAUCUGUGAUGGAGCAAAUGACUGCAGCGACGGAAGCGACGAAGACCCUGCUCUCUGCUCGAGCUAUGCAUGCCCCAACGAGUCUUUCAAGUGCGGCAACAUCUGCAUUAGCCGCUUCAAAGUUUGCGAUGGACGAGUUGACUGUGCGGACGGCUCGGACGAAGACGCUACCCGCUGCGGGCCUUCGUACAACUGCAGCAUGGCAGGCGCGCGCUUUAACAGAUACCGGCGCUGCCCCAGCGGCGUGGGUUGCUAUAUGGGGCCUGAGCGGAACUGCGAUGGGUUCCAUGACUGUCUGGACGGGAGCGAUGAGGACCCCGGCUUAUGUGCGAGUGACACGUGUGACCCCAGUUUAAAGAUCAAGUGCCCGAGCGGCGUGGGCUGUAUGAGCCCUGAUUCCCUUUGCAACGGCAUCUACGACUGCCUCGACAAGAGUGACGAGAGCGCCGACUUUUGCGCCAAUCACACGUGCGGCCAUGGAGAGACAAAGUGUCCUUCCGGCAACGGGGGCUGCCUGUACGAGCCAAUGAUCUGCGACGGCACGACAGAGAAUUGUUUGGACGGCUCCGAUGAGUCGGACGCCACGUGUCGGACGUACGACUGCGGACCCGAACGGACGAGAUGCCCCAGCGGGGUCGGCUGCGUCGAUCUGCGGUACCUUUGUGACGGCAUCCCGGCAAACGGGUGGUCCAGAUGCAAAGAUGGAUCUGACGAAAAUCUUGCAUUUUGCACCAAUCAAGUCGUAUGCCCAAGCAGCGGACGGAUCCGGUGCAAAGACGGCACGUGCAUCAACGGGAAAUUGUGCGACGGCAUCGUUUCGUGCUCGGACGGUUCGGACGAGGACACGUCGUACUGUCAGUCCGCCAGCUGUCCGCUGUAUGAGCAGAAGUGCGCUGACGGCAUUCAUUGCGUCCACCAGGAUUCCGGGCUUUGCAACGGCAAAGCUGAUUGCCCCGACGGAAGUGACGAGUCUGUAGGCUUUUGCACCAGCUAUCAGUGCCAGCAGACCGGUGUUUCCUUCAUCAAGUGUCCGGGGGGAGCGCAAUGCAUUUUUAAGGCCCAGCUCUGCGAUGGAGUUGCAGACUGCAAUGACGGUAGCGACGAGAGCGCUUCGUUCUGCUCUUCGUACAGCUGUCCCCCGCGCUAUUUCAAGUGCCCGGGAACCAACGUGUGCGUCUACGGAGCGCUCUGCGAUGGCCGGCCGAAUUGCCCGGAUCACUUGGACGAGUCACAGGCAGUCUGCAAUCCCGGCGCGCCUCUCCCGACCAGUGCGAACCCGCCAAAAGUGACCGGAGAGCCUUCCCCAAUCACUACGAGCCCGCCAGAGGAACGGCGUCCAUUUGUUGCCCGGAGCAGUGCCCCAACACGCCAGGCGACGCUCCCGCAUGUGGUGCUUCGGGGCCUUUCCCCGCCACCUGACCCGACCCCUUCUACCCCGAACCAGUGCUUCAACGCCAACGGAGACCAGUCGCUUUGCUGCCCCGGGAGUUGCCCGGGGAUCCCCGGGCCUGUUGCGAGAUGUGGGUAG